UUGCUUGGAACUUGGAACGAUGGAUGGUGAUAAACAAUCAAGGAGAGUGUAUAGGUUGUUUCUGUUAGUAGCUAAACUAGAGGGAGAAAGCAUGAAUAUAGUUUAAAACAUGGGACUAAAGUUUAAGUCGAGCUGUAAAAUGAAACAAUAAUAGACCGACUGAAAUUCAGACAAAUCUCUCUGUCGGAACAGAAACUUCGUCAAACUCGGCAAAGCUUUCGCGCUAUUAUUUAUGGCAAUUUUUUUUGUUCCGUUAGAUUAGUUUCUCUCUCUCCUUUUGUCGAUCCAGAGACAAGAGGAGAGAGAGAAAAAGACCAGGGAACUUGUGUGUUUGAUCAUGGAACAUGAGAGACCUGACAUAGAGAGACCCGAGUUACGUGAUCUUACGAUCUACGGAGUUACACCGCCAUAUUCCCCGCUUCUCAGCCCGACCCGUUUAUUCCCAUUGUCCGGAGAACCGAGUCCGAGACAAACGACAAAGCGAGGGAAGAAGACCAGAUUAAUCCGUACUUGGUACGAGAAAAGAACGGCUACAACAGCCAUCUGCUUAAUCGUCAUUUUGUGUGUCUUCUUCCUUGUGAAUUGGCUCUUGCUCUCGUCUCUUCAGGAAGGACGAGUUUCGCUUCGAAAAGGAUUCAGUAUGAAUCCAAACCUGAUCGCUAAAUGGGUUUCUUCUUCUACACAGAACGAUAAGCGUCAAAAGUUUGGAAAAUCAAAGAGAAAACAUAAUGGAACAUAUGAUAGAAUGUUGGGAUUGGCCGCUCGGGCUUUGCUAGAGAACAAACGUGAGCCAAAAGAGUUAUGGCAGGAGCCAAAGGCACAAGCAUUGGCUUGGAAGCCAUGCGCUGAGCAACGUUCUUGGUCUCCUAAUGAUGGAGAAAAUGGAUAUAUUAUGGUGACAGCAAACGGAGGGAUUAAUCAACAAAGAGUUGCUGUAUGUAACAUAGUUGUGGUAGCUCGGUUGCUCAAUGCGUCUCUAGUUAUUCCAAAAUUCAUGCUAAGCGACGUUUGGACAGAUGCAAGUCAGUUCGGAGAUAUUUAUCAAGAAGAACAUUUUAUCAACUACUUGUCGCCUGAUAUUCGGGUGGUAACGGAACUACCAAAAGAGCUUCAAUCUUUGGAUCUUGAAGCAAUCGGCAGCGUUGUUACUGAUGUAGAUGUGAUGAAAGAAGCCAAACCAGAUUUCUAUAUGAAACACAUUCUCCCUAUACUACAUAAAAACAGAGUAAUCCAUUUUGUUGGAUUCAGCAACCGCUUGGCCUUUGAUCCAAUGCCGUUUCACUUACAGAGGCUUCGGUGCAGAUGUAACUUCCAUGCCCUAAACUUUGUCCCGAGAAUACAAGAAACAGGAGCGUUGAUCGUGAAGAGGUUGCGUAACAGCGUACCGUACCUUGCACCAAUCGACGUGCAUCUCCUCGGUCCAAAAUCCGCUUCUUCUUUACUCCUGCACAACAAGUCUGAUCCUCUUACGCAGAAGAAGGCUUCUUCUUCUUCUUCAAAGUAUCUUGCUCUCCAUCUACGGUUUGAAAUAGACAUGGUGGCUCACUCUCUCUGUUACUUCGGAGGUGGUGAAAGGGAACAGAAAGAGUUGGAUUCUUAUCGUCAAAAACACUUUCCUUCCCUCUCCAAUCUAACCAAAACGAAAAAACUGCCAUCUCCAGAUGCUUUGAGAACGCAAGGACUUUGUCCAUUAACACCCGAAGAGGCCGUGCUUAUGCUCGUGGCUCUUGGCUUCAACCGUGAAACCCGAGUGUUCGUAGCUGGUGCACAUAUAUACGGAGGAACAAAACGUUUAGCUGCGUUAACUAGCUUAUACCCUAACCUAGUCACCAAAGAGAAACUACUCUCUCCAUCCGAGCUACAACCUUUCAAGAACUUCUCCUCUCAGCUAGCGGCUUUAGAUUUCAUCGGUUGUGCUGCGGCAAACGCUUUUGCGAUGACGGAUUCGGGGAGCCAGCUAUCGUCUCUUGUAUCGGGUUAUCGGAUAUACUAUGGAGGUGGGAAGAUGCCGACGAUUAGACCGAACAAACGGAGGCUUUCGGACAUAUUGUUGAAGAACAAUACGAUAGAGUGGAACGUGUUCGAGAAGAGAGUGAGAAAAGCGAUUAGGCAGACAAAACAUGUCUUCGCUAGACCUACUGGACGCAGUGUUUACCGUUACCCAAGAUGUAAAGAAUGUAUGUGUAAUGUUCAUCAACAACAUUGAUUCUUCGAUUACUGAGAUGGUUAACACCGGUUUUUUUUUUUUUUUUUUUAAACGUUUUAACGAGUGAUCCUUUUUUUACCCUUUUCCGGCAUUAAUGUAAUCCCUUAAAAAGUUAAAACGUUCGAGUUGAGUUUCUGUAAU